UGUUGAAGCGGGUCGUCGGCGGCGAGCUGGAGGACCCAUCGCUGUCUGCGGGACAAAUUGAUCAGGUUCUCAUCGGUGAGCAUUGAGACCGGUCAUCAGGGUGAACGCGACCAACAAUUUCCCAUCGGGCAUCGCCAGAAGGCGGCGCUGUCCAGCUCCGGGAUCAGAGUGUAGACAAGACGACGACAAUCAACAACCGUCAGUCAGAAUCAGAAUGGCUACAGAUUACCUAUUGCAUUGAACUGCUGCUGCUAAGUUAACAAAUAUCACGUCACAUGCCGGUGAUAAUAAACCUGAUUCUGAUUCUGUUUUACGUGUGGAAGUUUACCCUUCAAGCUCCCGUGUUCCGGGGCAAACUGUCCCAGCCAAACCUGAUAACAAACAACCCCAUCCGGUAAUGUACUUGUGAAUCUCCCUGACACUCUUCCCAGCUGAAUCACAUCCAUCCUGUAGAUUGAUAGCAACUGCAUCCUUAGCAAAUGCAAAGCUCUCUCAGCGAGACUUUGUUUAGCUACUAGAGCUGCACGCAAGACUCUCCCUUUGCCAAUGACUUGUAUAGUUGCUACAAGACAAUUAUUAUCCAGGAGACGUGAUGGGACCCAGGGGACCAGGCAUCAUGGGCUUCAAGGUUAUGUUCAGUCUGUAACCCAGGGGACUGGACGUUGUCCAUCUCAAGGCAGUGGUCAGUCUUUGACCCGGGGGACAAGACAGUGUGUGACAAAGCAACCGGAGAACGUGGGAUCUGGAGGAUCGGACCACGAGUAAUCCAGUGGCUUGUCUGUCAGUGAUACACAUGACUGGACAGUUUGUGAUCCAGGGAGAUUUAUGUUUGUGGGAGAUAAUCCAAGUGAUAAUUCCCGGUUUCACCUAAUGCCUUUCCAUUAAUAACCACUGGUUAUUGGUGUGUUCAGCUAAUGCGUAGUCUGUGAUCAGUAUUACUGCGUCUAUCCAGUUCUUUUUUCGGGGAGUGGAUGUGUCCACUUACUGGCUUAUCGAGAUGGUCACCUAGCAGGAGGUGUGGUUCACAUUCACCAGCACAGUCCCGCUCCAAAUCCGGUCAGCCGGAGUCCCGGCUCCAUUGCUGACACUCAUUGUGAAUCCUUGUUCGAGUAUAAAUCACUCUAAACCUGCAAUUCAUCAUUUCCUGCAGGUGGGAAAUUAAAUCGGGUACAGAAAGUACUCAAGAGGCUUUUACCAGGCAGCUCAUCGAGGGAAAAUGAUCGGGAUACAGGAAGCAAGGUUCCAAAGCAGGGUCAGAUUGAGAGCAAUGUCCCAAUGGAAUGCGGUCCGGCUGCAGAGGAGGAGAAGCAAAUUCAGCCCAGAGACAGUGACGUCAGAGACACUGAGCAGGACCCUGGAACCGGCACAAGUGAGGCGACUGCCUGUCAGCUCGGAAACUCAUUAAACACGGAAUUGUCGAGUGCCCAACAGGGAGUGGAGUUUACAAUCUCCGACCUCCUGGCAGAGGGGGGCGAGUAUCGACUGUACCAACUGACCAAGUUCUACAGGGACAGACUCAAACAUGCAAUUGAAGAGAAAGUUGAACGACUCGGUUGGAUGUUGACAAAGGAUGGACAUUUCAGUCGAGAAGAAAAUGAGAAAGUCACUGAACUGACGGAGAAGGGAAACCGGACAGAGAGUUCCAGACUCUUCCUCAGUUUGGUGAAUGGCAAAGGCUCCCGGGCCCGACGGGCGAUGUGGGAAUCCUUUGUGAUGUGGAGGACUGAGUUACCGAAGUUGGACAGGAUACUGAGGGAGAUACAGGAGCUCGGUCCUGACCCAGAGGAAUACAUGAACAUCGCACAAGGGUUGUCUGAGUUACCCACUGAACUGACAGAUGUUCAACAGAAACACAAGGAGACUCUGCGGGCACAAACUGAAACACUGAGAGUGAACACGAUCCUAAUGAGGGAGAAGGUGAAGGUUUUCCAGCUGAUUGAUCGAUACACAAAGCUCACGGUCACUUCUACUCUUCGAGUUCGGAGACUGGUGGAACACGAGCUGCUGGCAAGAGGCAGAGACCACGAGGAGUGGAGAGAGGAACAUCUCCGUGGAGCGUUAGAAAAAAUAGAGACUGCUCAGUUAUUCCACAGCAGUUUUUCCCGGAGAAAAUCCAAAUCUGGCAGCUCUGCAGCAGUAGCCGGAGUGCCAGGAAUCGGGAAAACAACAAUGGUACAGAAGAUUGUUUAUGACUGGGCCGCGGGGAAUAUAUUCCAACAAUUCCAGUUUGUCUUCAGUUUCAAAUUCCGGGAUUUAAACUCAAUUAACUGCAGAAUAAACCUGAGGGAACUGAUUCUGGAUCAGUAUCCUUACUUUGGGAAUAUCCUGAGAGAGGUCUGGAAGAACCCAGAGGCAUUGCUGUUUAUAUUCGAUGGUUUGGAUGAAUUCAAGCACACAAUUGAUUUUGCGGACAGUCGGAGAUACACAGAACCCAAGCACCAGUGCCCAGAUCCCGAGUGGUGGUGUGAAGUGUCGGACAUUGUGUACAGUUUAAUCCAGGGCAAGCUGCUCCCAGGGUGUUCAGUGCUGGUGACCACCCGCCCCACUGCGUUACAUUUAUUGGAAAAGGCAGAGAUCAGUGUCCGGGCUGAAAUCCUGGGAUUUGUUGGUGAGGAACGGAAGGAAUAUUUCAUCAAGCAUUUUGAAGAUCAGAUGGUGGCAGCAGCUCUUUUCAAACACGUGCAGGAGAAUGAGAUCCUGUACACUAUGAGCUACAACCCCUCCUACUGCUGGAUCCUCGCUCUGGCACUGGGCCCCUUCUUCACACAAAGAGUCAGGGACCCGCAAAGAGUUCCCAAGACCAUCACCCAACUGUACUCCUACUAUAUUUACAAUAUCCUAAAAAAUCACGGCCGUGAGAUUGAGAGACCCCGUGAUGUGUUUCUCAGGGUGGGUCAGAUGGCCUACAGAGGAGUGUCCGAGAAGAAGAUUGUGUUUACAGACGGAGAUUUGAUCAAGUUCAAUCUGCAGCCUUCCCAGUUCCUGUCCGGGUUCCUGAUGGAGCUUUUGGAGAGAGAGGAUUCUGCCCACAGUAUGGUGUACACAUUCCCACACCUCACCAUCCAAGAGUUUGUAGCUGCAGUCGCACAAUUCCUGACUGUACAUCCCGAGGAUAUCCUGAAAUUCCUCACUGAAGCCCACAAGACGGAAGAUGGGCGAUUUGAGGUAUUUCUCCGAUUUGUUGCUGGUCUCUCCAACCCAAUGACAGCUCGGGGCCUGGAGGAGUUUCUGGGUCCAUUUCCUCAUCAAACAACCUGCCGGGUGAUUGACUGGGUGAAGGAGGAGGUUAAACGCCAGAGUGGAAACACGGGUGACACUGAUAAAAGGAGACUCCUGAACACAUUGCACUACCUGUUUGAGUCUCAGAAUCGUGGACUGGCUCAGGCCGCACUGGGAUCUCUGAAAACACUUUCAUUCAGUGAAAUGACACUGACACCGGUUGACUGCGCGGUCCUGUCUCAUGCCAUCGGACUCUGUGAUACUAUAAAAGAACUCGACCUGCAGAGUUGCCACAUUCAGUGUGAAGGAAUCCAGCGGCUGGGACCCGGGCUGAACAAGUGCCAGGAGUUGAGACUUGGGGAGAAUGACCUGGGAGAUUCAGGAGUGAAACUGGUGUCUGCAUCUCUGAGGAACCCGGAGUGUAAAAUACAGACACUGGGGCUGGAGGAUGUCGGUCUCACAGAUUCUGGGGCCGAGGAUCUCGUCUCCGCUCUCAGUAGAAACCCAUCACUGACGGAGCUGGGCCUGAGUUCUAAUAAACUGGGAGAUUCAGGAGUGAAACUGGUGUCUGCGGCUCUGAGGAACCCGGAGUGUAAAAUACAGACACUGUGGCUGAGGGAUGUCGGUCUCACAGAUUCUGGGGCCGAGGAUCUCGUCUCUGCUCUCAGUAGAAACCCAUCACUCACGGAUCUGGACCUGAGUGAUAAUAAACUGGGGGAUUCAGGAGUGAAACUGGUGCCUGCGGCUCUGAGGAACCCGGAGUGUAAAAUACAGACACUGUGGCUGAGGGAUGUCGGUCUCACAGAUUCUGGGGCCGAGGAUCUCGUCUCCGCUCUCAGUAGAAACCCAUCACUCACGGAUCUGGACCUGAGUGAUAAUGACCUGGGAGAUUCAGGAGUGAAACUGGUGUCUGCGGCUCUGAGGAACCCGGAGUGUAAAAUACAGAAACUGGAGCUGGGGGAUGUCGGUCUCACAGACUCUGGGGCCGAGGAUCUCGUCUCCGCUCUCAGUACAAACCCAUCACUGACGGAGCUGGAGCUGGGAUCAAACUCUCUGACAGACGGAUCUGUCCCCGGUCUCCGCCGCCUCAUACUGACCCUCCCGAGUCUGAAGUGGAUCUGGCUGGUGGGGAAUCGGUUCAGUGAGACCGGGAGGAAGGAACUGAGAUCUCUACAGGAACCCAGACCCGGACUGACAGUGGAUCUGUGAACAUCUGAAUGUGGGGAAUCGGUUCAGUGAGUCCGGGAUGAAGGAACUGAGAUCUCUACAGGGAGUCAGAACCGGACUGGGAGUGGGGAUCUGAAUGUGUGAACAUCCCCGCCCGCGGAAUGGAGCCGAUUCCCCCCCCUCCCCUUUGACUACCCCUCACCCUCCCCUUUAACACUCCGCCCUCCCCUUUAACUACCCCUCACCCUCCCCUUUAACUCCCGCCCUUACCUUUAAUGGCCGCGCGCCGGGGCUGAUUCCCAACGGUUUUAACGGAAUUGGCUCCGGUCUCGAGCUCGGUGAUCUCGGAAGCGCUCCCGCCGUGACGUAUUUCCGCCCGCUGUCCGGCGGCGCCACUUCCGCCGGAUGUGCGGGUCCGAGACUCUCCCGCGUGACACCCCGGGGAAUUCCCCGGACGGGAGGAGCCCGGGGGGCCGGGGCUCAGUCUGGGACACCGGUGUCCCGGGAGAGAAUCCUUUUGCCCCCUCUGCUGAGGACGGGAUAUUCGGCUGUCCGGCCGAUAUAAUGGUGUUAAAUUGACAAAUACCUCGGCAAUGACCCUGGAUCCGCAGCGAUCCCGGACACGGCCCCGGAGUGUGAUUGGAUGCAGAGUGACGGGGAGGAACGGGACUGAUUAAUCUACCGGUCACCCGUUGUCGCCGGUCAGUUAAUUGUGAGUGACUGUGAGUGAGGACGGGGCAUUCGGCUGUCUGGCCGAUAUAAUGGUGUUACAUUGACAAAUACCUCGGCAAUGACCCUGGAUCCGCAGCGAUCCCGGACACGGCCCCGGAGUGUGAUUGGAUGCAGAGUGACGGGGAGGAACGGGACUGAUUAAUCUACCGGUCACCCGUUGUCGCCGGUCAAUUAAUUGUGAGUGACUGUGAGCGAGGACGGUGCAUUCGGCUGUCCGGCCGAUAUAAUGGUGUUAAAUUGACAAAUACCUCAAUGACCUUGGAUCCGCAGCGAUCCCGGACACGGCCCCGGAGUGUGAUUGGAUGCAGAGUGACGGGGAGGAACGGGACUGAUUAAUCUACCGGUCACCCGUUGUCGCCGGUCAAUUAAUUGUGAGUGACUGUGAGCGAGGACGGGGCAUUCGGCUGUCCGGCCGAUAUAAUGGUGUCAAAUUGACAAAUACCUCGGUAAUGACCUUGGAUCCGCAGCGAUCCCGGACACGGGCCUGGAGUGUGAUUGGAUGUAGAGCGACGGUGAGGAACGGGACUGAUUAAUCAACCGGUCACCCGUUGUCGCCCGUCAGUUAAUUGUGAGUGACUGUGAGUGAGUCGGGAACAGUGUGGCGACCCACUCUCUGCGCAGGCGAACCGGCUCACAAAUACCCAGGGAUCAAAUGCCAGCGCCGCGAAGUUUGAAUAAACUAGUCUGGAACAGACUGACCGACUGUGUGUCGUUGUCUCUCGCUCUGUAUGUAGUACAUCGCUACAACAGCUUAUUUACUCCCGCAAGUCAGCUGCUCACAUACUGUUUAAUUUGCAUUUAUCAUGAUGAAAUCAAUAAACCGCUGUAACUUCC